AUGAUCCAUAGAAACAGAGAAAAAGAGAGAGGAAGAAAGAGGGAGAGAGAGAGAAAUGGAAAGAGGAAGAUCGCGCGACACAUUGGCCGAGACGCGUCAUCCGCGCGCGAAAGUAUCGCGAGAAAUACGCUUCCGGCUGUCAAGUUCGUCGCAUCCUCUUCCACCUACGUCCAGCGCCGAGCGUGCCGCGGCUGUGACCGUGUGCGACGCGGUGUUAUAUUUUUGGGAAAAUUAGGGACGCCGCGAGAGAGCGACGGGGCCCGCGUUUUUGGCCAGUCCCGAGAAUCCGACGCGAAUCUCUGUCUUUUUCUUCCUCUCUCUCUCUCUCUCUUUCUCUCUUCCUCAUGCGCGCGCGUUCCUCGAGGAUUAAUAAUCCGUUGGUAUUUCGUCGUGCUCGCGACACCCGCGGCUACUGUCUCUCUCUUUCUCUCGGUCCUCCGUGUCUUUCGCUCUCUCCUCUCUCGUCGCAGACAAGAAUCCCCUGACAAAUAUCACUGCUCUGUUCUCUCGUCGAAAACACAAGCGCCGAGCUCUUCUCUGCAAAAAGAUAAAACGUCUUUAACCGUGGCGUCGUGGAACAUAGAUUCAAACAGUUUGCGUCGUUACAUCGUUGCAAGGAAACGGAGCGAGCGCUUGCUAUCAGCACUCGCCGAUCCAGCUUCGCGGGGAAUCACAGACAGGAACUCUCGGCCAGGCAGAGCGGAUGGCAAGAGGGCCGACGUGCGAGAAAGCGUUCGGUUCCUUGUCAACUGCACUCGUUCGCGACGACGAGCGCGAAAAUCGGCACGGGACGAGUCACCUCGGACGCGAAGCGCGACGGACGCGACGUCGUUGAGACGCGACUCCGCGUCUCUUCGGCGAGGGGACAUUCCGCGCGAAACAGGAACGCGUGCGACACACCGUGUCGUCGUCGUCGUCGUUGUGUCCUCGCACGUGACUAUCUAUAGAUCGAAGAAUGAUAUUGACCCGCUUUCCGAUCCCGAGAGCGAUCAUUCGCCGUCCGCGGCAGGAGACAUUUCGUACCUUCCUACGACGCGGCGAACCGUUCCGGGGUGUUGUGUCUGCUCUUUAUCAUAUCUCGCCCCUCUUCUCUUUCGCUCGAGACUCCUUCUCUCUCGGGGAAGAAUCGCUCGUUCGCGCUUGGCGUCGCGGCACGGCACGGCACGACUCGGCUCGCCGCCGCGGUCGCGACACGGCGGUGCGGUGUAUCCAAAGUCGCACAACACCAGCGGAGCGCGUUAACCACGAGACUGCAACAACAAGCGGAUGAUCGAGGUGGCUUUUGGACGACAACGGGGGUGCGCAGCGACGAUAGUGGCGACGGCGGCUGCUGAUCUCUCCCGGUCUCUCACAUUAGAAAUCCCGUGAUUUUCCCGGCGGGGCCGGCGAUCAUCGCGGUGUCCGCCAGCCGAGGAGGACCGAGACUCCCGCUGUUGCACGCGUUUGAGGUCUUCGCGCUUUCGUGUUGUCGUCGUUGCGCGUCAUCCGUCAACAUCGGCUUCGCCGGAUCAUAGCGCGUACUCGCUGACAAACGCGGCCACUGGAUUUUGACGCCUGAAGCGUUGGUAGAUUUUGCAGGAAACUCCGAUCUAUAAAUAUCAGCCUGUUGAAUGCCGCCCGCCGUAGCGUCCGCCCGAUCGUCGCGCCAGCUGCGCCAAAUAUCGCAAGGCUCGAUCGCGCCGGUGUAUUUUCCAGACUGGAAAAUGAGAAUCGACGUGUAAACAGCAAUAACGUUUCUUUCUCUCUCUCUCUCCCUCUAUCUCUCUGUUGCUUUCGACAGUGCGCGCGAUUCGCGUUUCGUUACGCGCGUUUCGCAAGUCGAUGCAGAUGGUAUCCGGCGGAGAGUGCGCGCGCGCGAGAGGAAGAGAGAGAGAGAGAGAGAGGGAGACAACGAUCCGUCUUUGAAAGCGCUUUCGUGCAAGGCCGAUCCUAUCUUCAAACUGUAUCUCUUGCAUGAGGAUCCCAAGUUACUCAGCUUCGUCCAUCGCGACUCUGACAAAAUGGAAGAUCGAUCUGUCUUACUCGAAACAUCACGUCAUGUCAAUUUUUCUAUUGUAUCUUUUUUUCUUCUGUAUAGAGGUGAGAAAUGAUGCCCACUGUGUGGCUGUCUAACUCGGAAAAUGAUUACACUAGCGAAUCGAAGAGGAACUAUCGUUAAAUGUAAUUUCUAAAAAUAAAUGGUCCAAAGCGAGCUCGAGUAGCUCGUGAUCUCAUUGUUUCGAAUUGGAUUUAUUGUCCAUCGGAACGUACUGACACGCGAUUUUACGCGAGAGACGAUCAAUGUCACGCCGCGGACAAAGAAGGUGCGAACGCGACGAUGUCGAUUUCCAAUCAACGAACCUCUCUGUCUCGGUGUAACCAACGUGCGAUAUAGUGCAUUCUCCGUGCAUUAUGGACAUGAAAUUUUGGAACUUAUCGAUCGCAGUACAGAAACGGUGACUCCUUCCGAGCCUCCUUGCACACUCGGCUUAUGCAACAUGCAGAAAGAGGACGAGGAGCUUCGUAAGGUAAACAUCACUAGGUGAAAUCAG